AUGGACAGCCUCCAGGACACAUUUUCCCUGGACCAAGGGGGCUGCUGCCCUGCCCUCCGCAGGCUGGUCCCCGUUGGCUUUAGGGCUGAGGCGUGGAAGCUCUUUGUCCUGUCAGGACCCCUGUUCCUGUUCCAGGUGCUAUCCUUCAUGAUCUAUGUUGUGAGCUCGGUGUUCUGUGGGCACCUGGGCAAAGUGGAGCUGGCAUCGGUGACCCUGUCGGUGGCCUUUGUCAAUGUCUGUGGAGUUUCUGUAGGAGUCGGCUUCUCCUCAGCAUGUGACACCUUGAUGUCCCAGAGCUUUGGCAGCUGCAACAAGAAGCACAUGGGGGUCAUCCUGCAGAGGGGGACGCUCAUACUGCUUCUCUGCUGCUUCCCCUGCUGGGCGCUCUUCCUCAACACUCAGCAGAUCCUGCUGCUCUUCAGGCAGGACCCGGAUGUUGCCAGGCUAACCCAGGAAUACGUGCUGAUUUUCAUGCCAGCACUUCCGGUGAUUUUUUUUUACAGCCUGCUGGCAAAAUAUUUGCAAAAUCAGGAAAUCAUCUGGCCCCAAGUCCUCAGUGGCGUCGUGGGCAACUGUGUCAAUGGCUUGGCCAACUACAUCCUGGUUUCUGUGCUGAACUUGGGAGUCAGGGGCUCUGCUUAUGCCAACACCAUCUCCCAGUUCGUGCAGACCAUCUUCCUCUUUUUCUACAUUGUGCUGAAGAAGCUGCACCUGGAGACAUGGGCAGGUUGGUCCAGCCAGUGCCUGCAGGAUUGGGGCUCCUUCUUCCAGCUGGCCAUCCCCAGCAUGCUCAUGAUAUGCAUUGAGUGGUGGGCCUAUGAGAUCUGGAGCUUCCUCGCGGGCCUGCUCAGCAUGCUGGACCUCUCUGCCCAAGCCAUCAUCUACGAGGUGGCCACCGUAACCUACUUGAUUCCCAUGGGGCUCAGUAUCGCGGUCUGUGUCCGAGUGGGGACAGCCCUGGGAGCUUCAGAUACUGUUCAAGCUAAGCGAUCGGCCAUAUCCGGCGUGCUCUGCACAGUUGGCAUCUCAAUGGUUAUAAGCACCCUGUUGAGCAUCCUGAAAAAUAAAUUGGGGCAUAUUUUUACCAAUGAUGAAGACGUCAUUGCCCUGGUGAACAAGGUCUUGCCGAUUUACAUUGUCUUUCAUCUGUUUGAGGCCAUGUGUUGUGUCUAUGGUGGAGUCCUGAGAGGAACCGGCCGGCAAGCCUUUGGAGCCAUUGUGAAUGCAAUCAUGUAUUAUGUCAUCGGCUUCCCACUGGGCAUUGUUCUGACCUUCGUGGUCAGAAUGAGAAUCAUGGGCCUCUGGCUGAGCAUGCUAGUCUGUGCCCUGCUGGCAGCUGUUGCCUUUAUUGCUUACACCGCCCAGAUAAACUGGAAGCUGGCUGCAGAGGAGGCUCAGAAACAGGCGGGGCUGCCACAGCAGAGCACUGAGAGCCCAGCAAGCAUGGCCCGCAGACCCGGGCCUGAGAAAGCGGUUGUAUCUUCAGUGGCUACGGGCCUCUCCCCUGGCAUUACCCUGACACUGUAUUCAAGGUCCGAGUGCCAGAUGGACAUCUUCAGGACUUCAGAAGCAGCCCCUGCCCCUCCAGCUCCUUCCAGCAGACUGUCAGGGAAACAGCUGGCCAUCCGUCGUGGGGCUGCUCUGGGGGUGGCGUCAGCCACACUGACUGUGGGGUUCAUCAUCAGGGUCCUGACCACCAGGCACUAGCAAAGCAGCUUGGAGAAAGGAAGCCGAGAGUGGCCGCCCCCACCGUACACCCACACCCACGGGUCCACUCUACAAAAGCAUCCACGGAAUCCGGUGCAGGUGGAUACUUUGGAGCACUCCUCAAAAAACGACCUUCAGCCGGUACCUCAUGUGACAGAGGGAUCUUAAUUGUGCAGACUGACAAUUCUGUCGUGGUCAAACCGGCUUUUUCUUCUCUGACUCGAAUUGCUCUUUAGAAAAUAUUGGGUGACUGGAAGAGUGAGGAUGCUGGGAUCACCACUAUUGUUCAAUAAUGUAAGCGGCUUCAAAUUGGACAUUUCAAAUAAAAAAAAAAUCACCAUUACAUUAAAAAUUACACAUUUCCUAGCCAGUCUUCUGCCCAGGUUUGUUCCCAAAGCCUUUGUGAAGCUCUGAAAAAGGGGCCAGUGGGCCUCAACCCCCAUUUGCUCCCUGCCCCGACACCCCUGCUGUGAGACUCCACACACUAGGGCAGGGAGGCUGUCCACACACCCUUCACCUUUCCUCCAACCCGUUUAUUCCACUGGCAUUUUCACUUAUCACAGACCUUGAGAAACACUUGAUCUUACAGCAGUGUUACAAUAAAA